AUGCCAGGUCCUCCAGCCAAGUCAAUCGACCGCCUGGAUGAGGCUGCACAGCUUCUGGCCACUCUGGUGAAUGAUGAGAACUUUGUAUCCAAGGUUGGCAAGUCCAAGUACCAGCUGUGGCAUGAGCUGUGCGACCUCAUCUCCCAGAACCCAGACAAGGUACAAUCCCUCAACGUGGAUGCCAUCAUCCGUGGAGGGCUUACCCGCUUCACUGACCAGGUGGGCAAGCUUUGGCGCUCACUGGCAGACUACUACAUCCGCCUAGGCCACUUUGAGAAGGCCCGGGAUGUGUAUGAGGAGGCCAUCCGCACUGUGAUGACCGUGUGGGACUUCACACAGGUAUUUGACAGCUAUGCUCAAUUUGAAGAGAGUAUGAUUGCGGCGAAGAUGGAGACCACAUCUGAGCUGCGACGGGAGGAGGAGGAUGACGUGGAUCUUGAGCUACGCCUGGCCCGCUUUGAGCAGCUUAUCAGCCGACGGCCACUGCUCCUCAACAGCGUCCGGCUGCGUCAGAACCCACACGACGUCCAUGAGUGGCACAAACGUGUGGCCCUGCAUCAGGGCCAUCCCCAGGAAAUCCUCAACACAUACACAGAAGCUGUACAGACAGUGGACCCCUUCAAGGCCACAGGGAAGCCACACACCCUGUGGGUCGCAUUUGCCAAGUUUUAUGAGGACAAUGGGCAGCUGGACGAUGCCCGUGUCAUCCUGCAGAAGGCCACCAAAGUGAACUUCAAGCAGGUUGAUGACCUGGCAAGUGUGUGGUGCCAAUGCGGGGAGCUGGAGCUCCGGCAUGAGAAUCAUGAUGAGGCUUUGCGGCUGCUGCGGAAGGCAACUGCACUGCCUGCCCGCCGAGCCGACUAUUUGGAUGACUCAGAGCCUGUGCAGAACCGUGUAUACACGUCACUGAAGUUGUGGUCGAUGCUUGCAGACUUGGAGGAGAGCUUGGGUACCUUCCAGUCAACUAAGGCCGUGUAUGACCGCAUCCUGGAUCUGUGCAUAGCCACACCACAGAUUGUCAUCAAUUAUGCCAUGUUCUUGGAGGAGCACAAGUACUUUGAAGAGAGCUUCAAGGCUUACGAGCGUGGUAUCUCACUGUUUAAGUGGCCCAAUGUGUCUGACAUCUGGAGCACCUACUUGACAAAGUUCAUCACCCGCUAUGGGGGGCGCAAGCUGGAGCGGGCACGGGACCUUUUCGAGCAAGCUUUGGAUGGCUGCCCCCCCAAAUACGCUAAAACCCUGUAUCUGCUAUACGCACAGCUGGAGGAGGAGUGGGGCCUGGCCCGGCAUGUCAUGGCUGUGUAUGACCGUGCCACAAGGGCUGUGGAGCCUGCCCAGCAGUAUGACAUGUUCAACAUCUAUAUCAAGCGAGCUGCAGAGAUCUAUGGCGUCACCCACACCCGUGGCAUCUACCAGAAGGCUAUUGAGGUGCUAUCUGAUGAACAUGCCCGUGAGAUGUGUCUACGGUUUGUGGACAUGGAAUGUAAGCUUGGAGAGAUCGACCGUGCUCGGGCCAUCUAUAGCUUCUGCUCCCAGAUCUGCGACCCUCGGACAACUGGGGUAUUCUGGCAAACGUGGAAAGACUUUGAGGUCCAGCAUGGCAAUGAAGACACCAUCAGAGAGAUGCUGCGAAUCCGCCGUAGUGUGCAAGCCACAUACAACACACAGGUCAACUUCAUGGCCUCACAGAUGCUUAAGGUGUCAGGCAGUGCCACAGGUACUGUGUCUGACUUGGCCCCUGGGCAGAGCGGGAUAGAUGAUAUGAAACUUUUGGAGCAGCGUGCAGAACAGCUAGCAGCUGAAGCAGAGCGAGACCAGCCUUCUCGGGCCCAGAGCAAGAUUUCAUUUGUAAGGAGUGAUGCAUCUCGGGAGGAGCUGGCAGAGCUGGCCCAGCAGGCCAACCCUGAGGAGAUCCAGCUGGGUGAGGGUGAAGAUGAGGACAAGAUGGAUCUGGAGCCCAGUGAAGUCCGACUGGAGCAGCAGAGUGUGCCAGCUGCUGUGUUUGGGAGUCUAAAGGAAGACUGA